AUGUCCGGCCCGACAGAACCCAUCUCGCUCGAGCGCUUCGCCGAAGCCCUCAAGGACCUCCCCCUCGUCAGCCUACGCCUCAAGAUCUUGGAAAUACGCAACUCCGGGGAAAAGUGGGAGGAUUUCGAGGCCGGCGUGUUCGAGAGGGACCCGGGCGAUGAUGAGGAGCAGGACCGCGGUGUCGUCCCCAAUGGAGACGCGACGACGGCGAACCAAAGCGCAACGACCGACAGGUCCCACCCCGCCUGGAGCGACGGGACGUUCCAGGUCGGCACAAUCCGCGCGGAGCCAAACACUACCGGGGGCGGGGGCUCAUUGAGCGACGCCGAUCUGGCAAAAUUAAUAGAGGAGCGGAUGAGGGUGCUUGAGGCUUCCGAUGAUGAAGGGACGGACGCCGGAGGAGAGAAUGGCCUGCACCUUUGA